UUUCCUGUGAAAAGUCAGCUUUCCCUCUCCCAUUUUUCGAUGAUUGAUUUACACUCACCUGUCGUGACGUAGGCAACGCGGCUUAAUUAGACGCCUGCGAGCCGAGGAGGAAGUGAGUGGAUCGGAAGAAAAAUGAGCCCGAGUGGAGCGGAGAGGACCACGUCUGCUGCUGAAGUCGCACCGACAGCAGCUCGCUGACAACCCGCAGGACUCACUGGAUAGUCUCGUUUACUAAGAAGAUUUCUGUAUGUGUGUCCGGUCAGCUCACACAGACUCGUUCAAUGUUGUAGGUGCUGAAGAUUUCACUAGACCGGGCCGAGGUGACAGUGGGAGGACACCAUGUCCCACCACCAGUUGGACAGCUACGAGGGCGACCAGGCCCCUCUAAUUCUGGAGAACCACUUCUCCACAGAACUCCACAUAUCUGAGCCCGGUGAUGACAGCCGCCAGCCGCAAAGCCCCCCCACAACCCAAUCUGAAAAAUCCCCUCCCCCGGAAGAUAUCGUAGACAGGGUGGUGGUAUCUCCGCAGGUGGUCUUGAGCACCCAGAGUCCUGCAGCGCAGAAGGUUGGCACCCACCAGCUCAUUCCCAAGAAUUUAGCCAGCCGGCAUAAGAUCCGCCACCACACCACCGUGGUGACGUUCCCAGUGGGACUGGAGCACUCCACCGGCGGGACCCGGAGCCGGCACUCCACCCAGGGGCCAGAUGUGUCCUGGGAGGAUUAUGACAGUGAUGGAGACGGCUUUUCUUUGAGGAACAACCGCAGGAACAAGUCGUACAGAGCAGCUGUGACCAGCCUGGACAUUGACGCCAUGGCGUCGGGACGAGGGGCCGUAGAUACGCUGAAACCUGUCAGAGAGGACAGAGCAGUCAGUCCCGGUCCAGCUCGCAGCCCUGGACGCAAGCGAACCCUGGGGAGGAAGAGGAACCAGAAUCAACGUGGAUCCUUCAAAGAUGCUACUCCGCAACUCUACCAGGAGAUCCGCGAGCAGGGGCUGCGCUCCACCAACCAGGACGAGCUGCUGGAAGACUUUGUGGUGGUGGAGCGUCCCGUGGAGGUGGAGGACCAGGGCAUCGUGGUGAAGAGCUACCGGCCGGCACAGCUCACCUGGAGCCAGCUCCCUCAGGUGAGGGAUACGGGUAUCCUGACAUUGAUCUCACCUCAGGAGAGAAAGAGACAAGAGGCCAUUUUUGAGAUCCUCACAUCGGAGCACUCGUACCUGCACAGCCUGGGCAUCCUGGUGCGUCACUUCAAGAGCAGCGAAGCUCUGAGGAAAACGAUGACGGCGACCGAGUACCAUCACCUCUUCUCCAACAUCUCUGUCAUUCAGGAGGUCAGCAAGCGGUUUUUUGAGGACCUUGAGCGGCGUCACCAUGACAACCCAGUGAUCCGGGACAUUAGCGAUAUUGUUCAGAACCACGCUGCCCACCACUUCGAUCCCUACAUCGUGUACUGCUCCAACGAGACGUUCCAGCAGAGGACACUGCAGAAGCUGCUGGCCAGUAACACGGCGUUCAAAGAGACCCUGAAGCAGAUUGAAGGGAGCAGCGAUUGUGGCGGCCUGCCCAUGAUCUCCUUCCUGAUCCUUCCCAUGCAGAGAGCCACCAGACUCCCACUGCUGCUGGAUACAAUCUGCCAGAAGACUCCAGAUAAGACCGCGGAGUACUUUGCUGCUGUUUGGGCUCUGCACGCCAUCAGCAAGUUGGUCACCAGCUGCAAUGAUGGGGCUCAGCGGAUGGAGAGGACCGAGCAGAUGUACACCAUCCAGAAACAGAUGGAUUUUGGUAAAAUCAAACCAUUUCCUCUGGUGUCGGCGUCUCGCUGGCUGAAGAAGCGCGGUGAGCUGGCCUUCAGCACCGAGGAGCUCAGCAUCUGGAGGGCGUUCAGCAGCAAGAGCUACUACCUGUUCCUCUUCAACGACGUGCUGAUCGUCACCAAGAAGAAGAGCGAGGAGAGCUUCGUGGUGAUGGACUACGCCACUCUGGAGAACGUGGAGGUGGAGGUCGGGGAGGAGGCAGAAGGACGAACGACUUCGCCUGCCAAGAACAGCUACUAUCUCUCCUUCAAGCUGCAGAUGAGCAGGAACAGUGAGGGCCGAGCGGAGCAGAUCAGCCUGGUGGCCGAGUCCAGGGUGGACCGGGCUCGCUGGAUCGUUGCUCUGACCGAACACAAGCAGGCAGGAGUCGUUACUUGUAGAGACGGUCUUCCACAGUACGAGGCCAACAAAACCUACAUGCCAAAAGAGCUCGAUGAGUUGGGUCUGAAACAGGCUGAGCUCGUCAUUGUGUUGCAGAAAGAGGAAGGCCUGUGCUAUGGGGAGAGAAUGAGAGAUGGAGAGAGAGGCUGGUUUCCUGCUACUUGUGCCACAGAGAUCACCAACCUCACGGCCAUCGAGAACAACAUGCAACGCAUGAAGCGCCUGCGCAAAGAGACCAACGUUUGAGACUCAAUGUACCAAGGGUGGACAAAAUAACAAACACCUUCCGGUAAAUCGGUGACUGUUUGUCCCAGUCGUCGGUCAACACACAAUGUGAACAUGAGGUUCCAGGGUUGCGUCCAUGUUGUCCAAACCAAUUUAAAGACAUUACCAUCAGGUUAAAUCUGUAUGAAAAGGUGUUUUUGUCCACCUGUGCCAAUAAAGAAUGGACAUUUGCAAUAGCUGGACUUCAGGCAGACUUCACUGAACACUCAUAUUACUGUAGUAAGAAAAAUGAGCCUGAGUCCUAAGUUUUAAUAAAUCUAGGAGCUGCAAAGUUUAAUUUGUAUAUAUGUAAGAGAAGUUGCUUCAAAUGUAUGCUUACUAAGCUCAAGAUGCGUGACUUUGCAUUUCUAGUGUAUUUCAUUGCGUUUGUCAUUUCAAGAUGCUGCAUUGGGUUUCUUUAACAAUAAGGAAAUUUAGAAAUGUGACUUAAAUUCAGUUUGACACUUAAUGUGUCAAUUAUCACUGUAUUGUACAAGAUUUGUCUGUUUGCAUUUGAAAUAAAAUUAACUGAAAAAAGUUAA